CUUUUGAUACGAUCCCACUGUUUCUUCCAACCGGGUAAUUCCAAGGGAUCCGUGGGGCGCUGACUGUGUAAUCGAGCUACGACAAUAGCUCGAGGGAGACAGAGAUGAUCACCUAGAUUUUCAAUUUUCAAUACAGAUCUUUUUCCUUUCUUAAACUUUUCUUUGUUGGAAUGUAAGUGUUUUACAGAUUGACCCCCGCUCCCCUGAGGAUAUUUGACAUGAAACAAUUCAAAUUCCGCAGAUCCGUCCGUGAUAGUAAAUUCUUUUUUCGAUUGUUGCACUGCCUGAACUUUAUCUAAAAUGGUAGCUUCGUUCAGAUUCUUACAUUGAGUAAAUUCGUACCAAAUCUCAGAAUCUAAAGAGGGGUGACGUAAGUUCAAUCGUAAAUAAUCGUUAGGAUUACACUGCAUGCGUUUUUUCACUUGUUUCAACAUGUCACUUAAUAAACGUUUCACGAAACCGCUCUCUGAUUUCUUUGGAAAAGGACGAAAACUGACCGUAUAUACAUUUUGUUUCACUUUAAAUUUGCGAGAUUGUCGCCCCCUGUCUAAUCUAACAUUGUAAAAGUCAGAAACGACUUUUUUCUUAACCGUUUUAUUGACAGGUUUUUUCUUUAAAAGUUUUAAAUUUCGUUCAAUCAAUCGCUUUCUUUUAUAUUGUAACAACCUUGAUUUAUUCGUCCAAAUACGUUCUUCUAAAUUCAUCUUGCCUUGAAAGCGAGCGAUCAAAUGAAAGAAUAUGAUCAAAUAGAGUACAGUUAUAUAUUACCCCCCCCCCCCAUAACAGGUGUUUUACAAUGACUCAUCAUGAGUCACGUGCUUUAAAAGGCCGUUUUCACAGCUGCGGGUAUGUCGCAGGUGUUUACAAUGACUCAUCAUGAGUCACGUGCUUUAAAAGGCCGUUUUCACAGCUGCGGGUAUGUCGCAGGUGUUUACAAUGACUCAUCAUGAGUCACGUGCUUUAAAAGGGGACCCUUCUAGCAGGUGCGGGUAUUGCGCAAUGCCCCCCAGAGGCUAUAUAAUAGAGCACUUUUCUUCAGAUCAUCACACAGAGUGAAUGAGCAUAUUUCAGAAACUCUACAACAGAUUAUACCUUGUCGAAAGAUGGCCACGGAAAAUCAACUCCUGGUGAAAAUCAAAGAAGAACCAGAGGACGAAAUGACAGAGAUCGAACCCUCAAAGAAGUUCGGAUUUUCAGAGACAGCAGAAAUGAAGGAGGAGGAGGAGGAGGAGGAGGAGGAAAAGAAACCUGCUUUAGGAUUUCUCUUUUACCCCCCUCCAGAGAAUCAAGAAACGGUAUUAGACAUGCUAAAAAGAGAAAAGGAAGAAGACAAAGAAUUCUACAAAAUGGUCGUCCUCCAGGAAAAAAGAAGACUAGCUAAGAACCCUCACUUAGUUACAGGAACCUUUGGACCCGGAACGGGCAUAAAAUCCCUCUAUCUAAAAAUACAAGACCUGCUCAAGGAUUACUAUUACCCAGAAAACGAGUUCAACAGACUGAAAUUAGACGUUAUUUUGGCGGAGAAACAACUAGAGGAGGCCCAAGAGGAACUACAAAAAGCCGAAACAGUAAUAGCAGGCAUGAAAGAAAAAGAGAACCAAGCCAUAACCAUAACAAACGAAUUGGCUAGACAAGUAGCCCUGCUGGAAAAAGAAAUACUGGAUUCACAAAUGCCGGAAUAUGAAAAACUCUACGUUUCAGGCGAAGAUUACAGGAGAGUGAGCUGCGAGCUACAGGAGGCCAAAGAGGAACUACAAAAAGCCGAAAAAGAAAUAGCGGCCCUGAAGAAAGAAAAAGACGAAAUCACAGUCCAGAUGAACGAAAUAAACGACGAAGCAGAGCGAGCGAGAAAAGCAUACCAAGAAGCAACAAUGCCGGAACAUGAAAACCUCUAUGUUUCAGGCGAAGAUUAUAAGAAACUGAGCUGCGAGAAAUGGCUAUUACAGGAGGAACUACAAGAAGUCAAAGACAAAAUGGAGCAAAUGGAAACAGAAUUGGAAACAAUCGAAGACAGAAAGGAGGAACUGGAAAAUCAACUGAUAGAAAAAGAAAAUGAACAACAAAACUUAGAAAAACGGGCACUGGAAGACGAUCUAAAAGAAGCCAAAGAAAAAAUGAGUCUGAUGGAAAACGAACUCAAAAAUCUCAAAGAAGACGGAAAAGAAAAUACCAACAUCUUCGGAGAAAUCCUGGGGGAAGUGUUAAAGGAUUUCAGCGAAAAAAAUCCUUGUGCAGCCUGGAUGGAAUCCGAUAAAACAAGAGAAUCCUGGAGUAUCUACAUUGAACCCAACGAAGCCACGGAUGCCAGAUUCAGAAGCUUAAAAGAACUAUUCACAGAACACUGCAAGAAAUUCUGCUUUGUCAAAAACGGAAAAACAAACAAUAUCAGCGGGGAAAUCCAGCUUAAAAAAGCCCUCAACUUCGAUGAACUGAGAGAUCUCCUCGGCCCCAAUAUCUACCUUAACGGAGGACCGAAAGAAGAAGCCACAGAGAAAUGGUUCAUGGCCGCCAAAUUCAACGAAAAAGAUUAUUUCUCCAUCUUUUUCACCGACGAAGCCCAGAAAAAUUGUGAAAUUCAGAAAUAGGACUGCGGAUGUGUAAAUAUGUUUCUUUAAAGACUUUUUUCUCCAAAAAAAAAAUUGUUCAAUUUGUUCAUUUCCUAUUUGUGUUCUUGUUCCAAUAAAAUUAUGAAAAUGUCAAAUUUUAAUAAGUCAAUCAUCAAAUAGGAAGGUGGGCAAUAGUCAUAUUGUCAGUUCCUUGGUAAGAAAUUGAUGUUGACCUCGCCCUAUGCUCUCGGGCAACAGUUGUUACCCCAGAACUCACACAAUGACUACUGCCCUCAUACCCAUUUAAAGAGAUGUAUAGUGUCUAUGAAUGACACACAACGACAAACAAAAGACUUGAUAGCAAUGGGCCUCCUGACAGACUCAGGUGCCCUAAUAGUACAGAGUAUAUCUACAUAAGAAUAGUGAGAUAAAAU